UGUGUGCGUGUGUGUGUGUGUGUGUGCAAGAGAAAGAGAGAGCCAUCAGUCUGUCAAUCCUUCUGAAUUGCAAACUAAAAAGAGGAAAGACCAGAACACUUCGGGAAGAGAAGCACUGGUUUGAAGCAUCUCAGGGUUUGAGCAUGGGAGGGUACACUGGGCUGUUAGUGCUGGUGUGUGUGAUGGGGCUCCUGUCGUCGGGGCAAGGGGAGGCUGGCUGCACGGUUAAGGAUGGGAGACCAGGAGAGACUGGGCUGUCGGGUUUGGAUGGACGUCAGGGAGCCAAGGGACAGAAAGGAGAGCCGGCUCAAGUGCAGCAGAUGGAUCAAGAGGCCCUCUUGAAGCUCAAGGGGUUGAGGGGGAGACUGGGUCAACCAGGGGACAUGGGCCCUAAGGGUUACAAUGGAGAUGUGGGCCCCGAGGGCUCCCCUGGUGUCCCUGGACCUAAAGGCCCCCCAGGAGGGGGAGCUGACACCCCCCAGAAGCCACGUUCAGCCUUCUCAGUGGAGCGCACAGGCUUUAGCCUUCCCCGGUACAACGAGAAAAUUACCUUCCAGACAGCCAUCACCAGCUCCCCUGACUUCAAGAUGGACACAGGCAUCUUCACCUGCAAACUGCCUGGAGUCUACUACUUUGUGUUUCACUCCAUGUCCAAGGUGGAUAUGUGUCUGAAGCUGCAUAGUGAGGACAAAUCAGAGAGACAACUGGUGUUCUGCGACUACAGCAGUGGAAAACCACAGGUUUUGACUGGAGGAGUGGUUCUCACAUUGAAGCUGAAUCAGAAGGUGUGGCUGGAGAUGUACAAGGAUAAGCAGUCGGACAGCAUUCACAAAGACACCACUGAUAAAAAGAUUGUAUUCAACGGCUUCAUGCUCUUCGGCACUGAAUGACCUUGAUGGGCCCCUCAGGAAUUGCGUUCCAUGUUCAAGUCAUGUUGCUUUCAUAUCCUCAAAUGAACCUUUAUAAAAAUAUGAUGUGUCAUUGCAACAGUGCUUUAUAUAAAGGCAUCAAAUGUGCACUUUCAGCCGUACAUGUACACUGUCUUUCUCAGUUCCUCAAAUGAACGUUUAUUAAACAACAGGUUCCAUUUCUAUCACCA